AUGGAGAAAUCCUAUUACUGUGAACUUAUGGAUUUAUUCAAAGCUUAUAUUGGCAUAUUCCAAACGUUGUACAAGCUAAAUACGUUCGAUGAAAACAAAAUAGACGAACUUUUCAAGCGAAUCAAAAAUAAUUUAAUUGAAACAAAACUUUUUACAAUUUAUGAGAUCAUCUUAUCAAUUGAAAAUGCAAUUAGAUGCAAUAAUCGAUAUGCAAAAUCUUAUAUCAUCCUUUUAAAAAAAAUCAUUAAAGAAAAUCCAAAUAUUUAUAAUGAUCUACCCGAUCGAUUCAAAACCAUACUUGCUAAAAAUUUUAAUAUAGAGAUUAUCUAUUGUCUCACAAUGGAAGAUUCAUUAUCCGAUUAUUUAAAUAAUUAUUAUCUCAAUGAAAUACCAGUAAUUAAAAUAAUUAUGGAUGAUGAUGUUAAAGCAUUUAUAUCAUAUAUAGAAGAAAAUUGCAUUGACUUAAAUGGCAUAUAUAGUUUUCCAGCUUAUCAUUUAUAUGGAUAUUGCUCCUAUUUUGGUGCAGUCAAUUGUUUUAAAUAUUUACAAACAGAAGUUCAUCAAAGAUAUUGUUUUGAAGAACACUUUACUUGGAGAUGUCUUCAUCGUUCAUUUAUAGGUGGAAAUCCACACAUCAUUAGUGAAUGCUUGAAAUAUCAAAAAACUGAUUAUUUUUGUAUGACUUGGGCAAUUGCUUCACCUAACAUCGAUUUUGUUACUUUCUUGAUGAAUGAAUACAACUUAAAAAUUGAUAUCACAGAUUGUAUUAGAUAUAAUAAUCUUCAAACAUUUUUAGUUUAUUUAGACAAAUUAAAUGAUGUCAACAAAUGUGUCGCAGAAUCAGUUAGAUUUAAUAUUCCAUCCCUUUGUGAAUUUUUUAUUACUCAUGGUUCAGAUGUCAAUGGAAAAGAUGAUGAUGGGUCAACUGCGCUUCAUAUUUCGGCGAAAGAAAAUAAAAUCAAUUUUGUUAAUAUGCUUCUUUCACAUGGUGCAGAUGUGAAUGUCAGAAAUAACUAUGGAACAACUGCACUUCAUUAUGCAAUUUAUAGUAGUAAUUUAGAAAUAAUAGAAGCUCUUAUUUCACAUGGCGCAUAUGUCAAUGUUAAAAAUGAUUAUGGACAAUCUCCUAUUGAUUAUGCAACUACUGAAGAAAUUAAGGAUUAUCUUAAAUUCCAUGGCGCAAUUUAA